GGGUAUUUAGAAAUGGCGGACGUAUGUAGUGGUCAAAGUGUGAUGGAUUUGCAGACAGAAAUGCAAAACAGUGCAGUGGAUCGUUUAAAAAGACUUUAUCCUGCAGUAAAUGAAGAUAAGACUCCUCUCCCAAGAGCAUGGAGCACUAAGGAUAAAUACACAUAUAUUGGGCUAUCCCAAACCAAUUUGCGUGUGCAUUAUAAAGGUCAUGGCAAAACUCACAAAGAUGCUGCGAGUGUUCAAGCUACCCAUCCAAUACCUGCCUCUUGUGGUCUGUAUUAUUUUGAAGUAAAGAUUGUGAGCAAAGGUCGAGAUGGAUAUAUGGGUAUUGGCUUGUCAGCUCAAGGAGUUAACAUGAAUCGCUUGCCAGGAUGGGAUAAACAAUCCUAUGGGUAUCAUGGUGACGAUGGUCAUUCAUUCUGUUCAUCCGGAACGGGACAGCCCUAUGGACCAACAUUUACAACGGGUGAUGUUAUUGGUUGCGGAGUAAAUUUGAUCGACAGCACUUGUUUUUACACUAAAAAUGGGCAUUACCUUGGCACUGCCUUCAGAGACCUUCCGCCUAAUUUAUAUCCUACCGUUGGGUUGCAAACUCCAGGUGAAGUUGUAGAUGCGAAUUUUGGACAAGAACCUUUUGUUUUCGAUAUCGAAGACAUGAUGAGAGAAUUGAGAUCACGAACAAGAAUCGAAAUAAACGAUUUUCCCGUGCCAGAAAGUCAAGGAGAAUGGCAAGCCACAUUAAACAAAAUGGUAUCCACGUACCUUGUACAUCAUGGUUAUUGUAAUACAGCAGAAGCGUUUGCCCAUAUUACCGAACAGCCAUUCAAUGAAGAUAUAGGAUCUAUCAAGAACAGACAAAAAAUACUGAAGUUGGUACUGGCUGGUCGAAUGGGCGAAGCGAUCGAGAAAACUAGUCGAUUGUAUCCGGGUCUUUUAGAAAACAACCAGAAUUUGUUGUUCAUGCUCAAAUGUCGUCAGUUCGUGGAAAUGGUAAAUGGAUCUGACAUAGAAAUAUGCCACAAGAAAACUAGCGUAAGUGGUUUUUCGCCAAACAGUCAACAAAUGUCCGUAAUACAAUCUACUAAAUGUUUAAAGAAUAAGAAUGGUUCACAAGAAUCCGUUGAGGAAAUGAAUAGAAAUAACACUGCCAGAAACGGUAGCAACUGUACCAAUGAUUCGCCAAUAAUCAGCACGGAAGAUUGCGAAAUGGAAGAAAUGGACGCAUCCGACGAAGUACAGAACGGACAUGGAGACUCUUGUAUCAACGGUAAAAGUAGCACAUCUAGUAAUAAAGGAUAUCAAAAUGGUAAUAGUAGUAAUAAUAUUGACGAGGCACCAGAAAUUCUUACUACCUGCUGUGAUAACGAAGAAGAAGAUAUGGAUGUAGACGUACCGUGUCGUAAAAGUAAUACAAAACAAUCUGUAGAAAGGAUAUUAGAAUUUGGCAGAGAAUUAUACAGUAUGAGCCAGAGGUUAAAAAUCGAUAAAAGUAGUAAUAAUAUCAACGAAAAAAUGCUGGAAGACGCAUUUAGUUUAUUAGCAUAUUCAAAUCCUUGGGCUAGUCCCGUUGGAUGGCAAUUAGAACCCACACAGAGGGAAUCAGUAUGUGCAUCUUUAAAUUCUGCAAUUUUAGAAUCAAAUAGUAAACCAAGAAAACCUCCUCUAGAGGUCGCGAUGGCACAUGCCCAAGAACUGGUACGGCUGAUGUCGUCGUCAGGUCUCGGUUCGUGUGCCUUCGCAUCCCUCAUCGACAUACUCGAUCAGUGAUCGUUGUUUUUGCACCCCCACCUUACCCCGCAGAUGCAGGUGACGCACUAACUGCCGUUCUCUAUUCCACAAGCAUGGUCCAGAAUCGGCGAACUCAAUCGCUAUUGUAAGUUCGCUUGCCGCAAGAGGAACAGGUACUUACUCCAAGUUCUUUUUAAUUUUGUGAAUUUUUAAAUGUCAGUGUGUAUAUCUCUCAAAUGGAAAAGGCGGUAGACCGGUGGAAAAGAAUGAAUUAUGUUCUCUCAAAAGCCAUUAAAAACGUCACGUGAUAAUUAACAAAAAAGCUUUUAGAAACAUUUCAAUAACAAAUUGGAUUACAAAAAAAAUUAUAUAACCAAAACGAUAAUAAUUGUAAAUGUACGGUAGUUACUGAAUUCUGGUCCGAAACAGACCAGAUUAUUGAGUUAAUUAUUGUUUAAGUUUUUAUUGUGGCAGCGUUCCCAGCUCGAAUCAAACAGAAUAAGAAAACCUAAUAUUUUUUGUGAAAUACAGUACCUGAAAAUGUAUAUUGGUAGUUGAUUAUUAUUUAAGUUCUAUUAGGUUGAUUUAAUUUUAGUACUAUAGUGUUUCUGUGACAAACAUAUAAGUAAUCUAUUCAGUAAUAUUAUUAGACAAUGGUGUGGUUUCACAGUAGAAGAAUUAUUUCGCGCAGCAGCCGACAGAAAUGUUUCAGG